ACAACCAGAAAAUAAACAGAGGACGGCGCCCGUGACGUCAUCGAGCGACCGCGCGUCAUACCCACAACCCCCCGCGGUCUUGUGUCUGUCUCUGUCCGUGGCUCGGGAGUCAAACACAAGAUGAUGGCUCUUCCUGGGCUCUGUCGUGGCUCGUCUCUGCUGGUGUCGGUCAUGAGUGUGUCUCUGCGGAGGAACAUCGGUCUGUCCGCUGUCGUCUUCACCAAAGCCACAGAUCUGGAUCCCGUGCAGAAGCUGUUCCUAGACAAGAUCCGCGAGUACAACAGCAAGAGCAGGGCUGCUGGUGGUGUGGUCGACGCAGGUCCGGCGUACCAGAAGAACCUGACGGAGGAGAUGAGCAAACUCCAGCGCUUGUUCGGAGGAGGAGACCUCGGCAGCUUCCCUCACUUCAGCUUCCCAGAACCCGUCCUCGAGGAGGUGACCAGCAAAUGAACACAUCACUGUAAAUGAGCUCCAGAUUUAAUAAACAGUCUUUGUCUGAGA